CACAACGAAACUUGCUUUGAUACUUCGCUGUUGGACGGAUUUAUAAACGGCCAUUUUGUGUAGCGUGUGGCGGUUUCGUCCACGAAAAACUUGUGUGUUGUGUUAUUUUCUUGUUAUUGGUAACUGAAGAUCUGUCAAAAUGCCAAAGCCGGUCAAUGUUCGUGUCAUCACAAUGGAUGCUGAGUUGGAGUUUGCUAUCCAACCCAACACCACAGGAAAGCAACUCUUUGAUCAGGUUGUGAAAACCAUUGGUUUACGAGAGUUAUGGUUUUUUGGCCUUCAGUAUACCGAUAGUAAAGGACUAACAACAUGGCUGAAACUCAAUAAGAAGGUAUUAAAUCAAGAUGUUAAGAAAGAAAAUCCAUUGCAGUUCAAAUUUCGAGCUAAAUUUUAUCCAGAAGAUGUUGCAGAAGAAUUAAUUCAAGACAUAACUGUGCGUCUAUUUUAUCUCCAAGUUAGAAAUGCUAAAUUAAGUGAUGAAAUAUAUUGUCCUCCGGAAACAUCUGUGCUUCUUGCUUCAUAUGCCGUCCAAGCUAAACAUGGUGACUAUAAUUCUGAAAUCCACAAGCCUGGUUGCCUUGCAAAUGACAGACUACUACCUCAAAGAGUUAUGGAUCAGCAUAAGUUAACAAAGGAACAGUGGGAAGAAAGAAUAAUGAAUUGGUGGGCUGAACACAAAGGAAUGCCUAGGGAAGAUGCAAUGAUGGAAUACUUGAAGAUUGCACAGGAUUUGGAGAUGUAUGGUGUAAAUUACUUUGAAAUCAAAAACAAAAAAGGCACUGAUCUUUGGUUAGGUGUUGAUGCUUUGGGCCUAAAUAUUUAUGAAAAAGAUGAUAAGCUAACUCCAAAAAUUGGGUUUCCCUGGAGUGAAAUAAGAAAUAUCUCAUUCAAUGAUAAGAAGUUUGUUAUUAAACCUAUUGACAAAAAAGCACCAGAUUUUGUCUUUUUUGCCCCUCGUUUAAGGAUUAAUAAAAGAAUCUUAGCUUUAUGUAUGGGUAAUCAUGAAUUAUACAUGAGACGUAGAAAGCCAGAUUCCAUUGAAGUGCAACAAAUGAAAGCUCAAGCCAGAGAAGAAAAAUUAGCAAAACAGCAAGAAAGAGAAAAGCUUCGUCGAGAGAUGGAAGCCAGAGAACAAGCUGAGAAGAAACAGCAAGAAUAUGCUGAGAAAAUCAAACAGAUGCAAGAAGAAAUGGAAAAUAGGCAGAAAGAAUUACUUGAAGCUCAACAUAGCAUUGUUCGCCUCGAAGAUCAACUCCGUGAAGUGCAAGCUUCUAAGAAUGAGUUAGAAAGUAAGCAAAAUGAAUUGGAGGAAAUGUUGAAAAAAUUAGAAAAUGACAAAGCCAUGGAAGCUGAAGAGAAGGCUAGAUUGGCAGAAGCUAUUCAGCUCAAACAACAAGAAGUGAUGCGUAUUCAGGAAGAAGUUAACUUAAAAGAUGAAGAGACUCGCAAGCUUCAAGAGGAAGUUGAAGACGCUAGGCGCAGACAAGCAGAAGCUGCUGCGGCAUUAAUGGAUGCAACUACUCCUCAACAUCAUCAUGUCCAUGAAGAUGAACACGAAGAAAACGAUGAUAUGGUCAAUGGAGAAUUCGGUGCUGAGCUUUCACGAGAUGAUUCAAUUAACUUGCCAAGACCAGAGGAAGAUAGAAUAACUCAAGUGUCAAAAGAAAAACAUUUGCAAGAUCAAUUGAAGGAAUUGAGUAAAGAACUUGCUUCUUCUAAAGAUGAAACAAAAUUGACCAAGAACGAUCUUCUUCAUCAAGAAAAUGUAAGGCAGGGAAGAGAUAAGUACAAAACUUUACGAGAAAUUCGAAAAGGCAACACCAAGAGAAGAGUCGACCAGUUUGAAAAUAUGUAAUUACUUGUUGGUGGGUCUUCAUAUACUGUUGUCAAGAAGGGAAGCUAUGUUUGAAAGGGGGACUUUCUGUUCAUAUCUAGAAAACUUAUUUUUAAGAAACAAAAACAAAAAAUGCAUAUAAAAAGCAUCAUUUAUUACAUUCCAUAUUGACUAAUUUCAAUUCUGGUUUUAUUUUGUGUUUUAAAAAAAAGUCUCCAGCUUUAGAUCUGAACUAAAUCUGCACGUUUCAUGCUUACUUGGAUACUCUGACCCCCCCAAAAACCUUGGAGGUGUUUCAGUGUAAUCAAAUUGAAUUUUAAAUUAUAAGUAGUAGAAGAGAAGUUGCUAUAUUUUUUUACGAACAAAACAGUUUUAGGUUUCUUGACAUUUUUAAGAAUUAUAAGGUGUUGACUCAAUGCUGUAUGUGUGACUAUCCUAUUCACAUAACAAAUGUGCCUUUAUAUCGCUGAUACUAUGAAAGUAUGCUGAAGAGUUGGAAAUAUUUUAUAAUUUUAUAUUAGCUUAAGAAGGGUUCUGUACCUUUGUAAUAUUUUUUGAGCCUUGCGUACUUACAGUAUUAUAAAUGCUAUUUUCUUUAACAAUUUGUAAUUUGUUAGCUUUUAAAGAAGUUUGUUGAGGAUUAGUUACCUCUGGAGUUAAUAAAAAUGCAUUUUUUCACUCCUGUAAAUUUUAUCUUCAGUAAUGAACAUUAAUAUCUAAUUUACAAAUUAGACAUUUCAUAUGAAGUUUUUGCAUCCAUAUUUUGGAGCAUAUUAUAUUGAUUGUUAAGUAUGUUUUAAAUUUGUUCAAAACAACACGAGCUUGUUUAUAGCUGGUAGUUGUAAAACUUAGCUUUGUUGAUGAAUGUCAUCUUAGCAAUAUGCUUACUGCAAAACAGUAUUGUGCUUCCUAUUAUAAUGUUAUUUGUAUUUUAAAAUUUUUUUGUAACAUUCAUGGAGACCAUAUUAGAUGUGUUAAAUUUGUUAUUUAUUGAUUUUUAAAUCAAACUAUUAAUUUUUAUUUCAUUGUGUUGUUUCUACCAGUGCAGUAUUUAAUUUCUGAGUAAAUUCUAAAAUCAAAUUCUUUUUUUGUGAUUUUUUUUUUAUUGCAAAAUCCUGUAAAUCUGUGCCAAAAAAGAAUCAUUUUAAGAAGUUACUGGCCAAUUUCAGUGAUUUUUUGCUUUUCUAGUGAAUAUGUAUCAAGACCCAGUGAUUAAAAAAUUUUAUAACUGCUGCCAGCUGUGUAUAUUGUUAGUUCACUUGAUUGCAACAGGUUAUUUCUCCCUACUUUUUAUUACACAAAUCAAUUCUUACAUAGGUUAAUUAUUUUUAUAUUGUAGAUAAUAAAAUUGUUCUUGUUGAUGUACAAAUGUAUGCAAUUUCAUAGUGGUCUGGGCACAGUUCAGUAAUGUGGCAAAUUUGUUGUAUGUGUCACAAAUGAUUAUUCAAACUUUUGCAAGUUUAAAUAAAAGCUAAGUUUUACAGUUUA